CCUCCCCGCCGUUCCGCUGGGCUCAGCCCGGGCAGCGGCUCCUCCCGCCGGGCCGGGGGCGGAGGCAGGCGGCCGGCGGGGGCGGGCAGGGGGACCGGGGAAGCGGAGCCGGCGCCGCCCGGGCCGGCCAUCCUUGCCCCGGGCUCGGGCGGCCGCGGCCUGCGGGGGCGCUCCGUGAGAGCGGCCUUCCCGGGGCAGGGCUCUCAGGCCGGAUCUCCGCACAGCUGCGCUGCCGGCCAGCCUUUAUCAGCUUAAUGACACCCGGAAAGAAGUUAGAGGGUCUUGUAGCUGCUACAGUCACUCCCAUGACUCCUGAUGGACAAAUUAACCUUUCAGUGAUUCGUCAAUAUGUGGACUAUCUGGUAAGCGAGCAGAACGUGAAGAAUGUGUUUGUGAAUGGCACAACAGGAGAAGGACUGUCCCUUAGCACCCAGGAGAGGAAACAGUUGGCGGAAGAAUGGGUGUGCCAAGGAAAAGACAAAUUGGAUCAUGUGAUCAUUCAUGUGGGAGCACUGAGUCUGACAGAGUCCCAAGAGCUGGCAAGACAUGCAGCAGCCAUAGGUGCUAGUGGUAUUGCGGUAAUAGCCCCCUUCUUCUUCAAACCCACAAACAAAGAUGAGCUGAUUGCUUUCUUACAGAAGGUUGCGUCUGAAGCCCCUGCGGUUCCAUUUUAUUACUAUCACAUUCCUCCUCUGACAGGCUUGAAGAUUCGUGUUGAAGAGUUGCUGGAUGGAAUAAAAGAGUGGAUCCCCACCUUCCAGGGUGUGAAGUUCAGCGACACGGACCUCUUGGACCUUGCACAGUGUAUAAACAAGAAUGAGAGAGAACAGUUUGCGUUUCUUUAUGGCGUAGAUGAGCAACUGUUGAGUGCACUGGCAAUAGGGGCGAAUGGAGCAGUUGGAAGUACUUACAACUAUUUGGGACGAAAAACCAAUCUAAUGUUGCAAGCCUUUGUAAAGCCAGACCUAGCGCUAGCACGGAAGUAUCAGUUUCUCACUGGGGAAUUUCUCAACUUUGUCAUCAAACUAGGUUUUGGUGUUGCACAGACUAAAGCUGUAAUGACUUUUGUUUCUGGCAUUCCCAUGGGACCUCCGCGGCUUCCACUUGUUGAUGCCUCUGAGGAGUUCAUCGUCAAGGCCAAAGCCAAGCUGGAUAGCAUUGUGUGGCCUGAUGGCGACUGAUGUUCACUUCUAUGUCCGUCUGGAAGCGGAAACUCCUUUUCUUUCUGGGAUUCACUGUCACUUGGCACACUGGUCAUGUGAGGGGCUGUUGAUUUCUUUCAGGGAAUUGGCAAUGUGCCCGAGCCCCUUCCUGCUAGGGAUGGAUUUGUUGGUGCACAUGUAGCCACCUUUUUGUGUAACUCUGCUCCCCUGGAGCUCUGCACAUCCAAGGACUAGCUGGUAUCUCUUAAUAAAAAAUUUAAAAAGCAAAUUUUU